CCAAACCCUACCAAUCCGAGUGUCCGACGACGCCCCCAUAUUUCCCCGAGAUGGACGCCGCCACGCCAUCCAAGAAGUCCAAGACGUCGGCGGCGGCAGCCACGCCGCAGAAGCUGAGGAAGUCCGCCGCCCUGGCCGACCAGAUCCUGACACCGGAGAAGCCCACGCGGCAGGUGCUGGCGGCAGCGUCGGCCUCCGAGCAGAUCUGGACGCCGGAGAAGUCGGAGCAGCAGCCGAGGGCGCGCAGCCGGAGCGUGGCGUUCUCCGUCAAGGAGGUCCGGCGGGCGGCGCUUGGGCUGCGGCGGCCGGAAAAGGUAUCGGCGGCGCCGGCCGAGGAGGAGGACGAGCUCGUGUCCGUCGCGCGGGAGCUCGGUGUUGGCACCGGGGCUGGGCGGAGUCCGGUCAAACGCAAGGCCGAAGUGAAGCUACCGGAAAGCUAUGAGAUGCUCUGCGAGUUCUUCAAUUGCCUGGAGAGCUCCACCCGACUGCUCCGUAUGAAGGGAUCCAAGGCAACUUUCCCCAACAUCUGUGCUAGCAUUCAGCAUUUAUCUGAGCGGAGGUUUACCUACAGCCAUCUUGCGCAGCUCAAGUACAUAAUGCCGGAGGCAAUUGUCAUCAAUAAGAUCCUUCUGCGUGAUGACACGACAUGCUGCAUGAAGCCAGAUCUUCAGGUGAACCUCCUGGUUGGUGCUAUUGAGAACGUCGGGAAGCAAAAGGGGGAAACCGUGCACUCAGCGCUGAGAAGGAUCUUUAGGCAGAGGCUUGUGGAUUUCUUCAGGGAGCAUCCUGAGGAAAAUGACAUUCCAGAGCAUGAGUUGCCUCUUCAAUUUAAUCGGACAAGAACGAGCGAGCCCCAGGCCGCAAAAAGAACUGUUCCUGAACGCACAGCUCCAAUGGAGUUACCUGAUCUCAAUGGACAGAAGCAUGCUGUUAUGUCACACAUGUCACAGUCAUUCAAGAGAAGGUUUUCACUGAGAUCUCCAAUCAGUUCUGCAGCAGCCAACACCAGUCCUCUAGCGAAGGUUGAAUGCACUGUUCCAUCACCAUGGAGCAGGAAUUCCCUCUUCAGUAGCGAUGAUAAAUCAAGUGCUAAAGAAGCUCAAGUGCCAGAAGAGGAUGACAAGGAUGCCGUAUCCAAGAUUGGUAUUUCAGAAAGCACCCCUGUGAAAUUUGCCUUAACUCCAAUGAGGUUAAUGGCGUCAACACCAGACCUUGAAACACCGAAGAGACCGAUCUCUGCUGCAGGUUAUGACACACCACCUCUGAAAAUGGUGAAGAGAUCAGCUCGUGCUAAGUUGUUUACCACUCCAAUAAAGGGUGCAAGUAGCAUGGAUGGAGAAAACCAAAGUGCAAGUAUGUCUGCUAUCGACGGUGAUGAUGAGUUACUCAAUUUUCUCCCACAAUCCCUCCUUCAUUCGGUAAAGGAGAAGGAGCAGAGAGCUUUGGAGGAGAAGGAAACGGGUUUUGCUGAUCAGGUUAAAAGGCAGAAGUUGAUUGCUUCCCUGCCGAGCACCUUUGAUGUUAUAUUUCUUAUCUAUCAGUCAAGACAUAGGUCUGUAAUGACAAAGCAGGAGCUGAUCCACAAGAUAAUUGCAAGCAGUCCUAAGAUUGUGGACAGAAGUGAAGUUGAGGAGCAGCUCUCACUGUUGGAAGAGCUCGUUCCAGAUUGGAUCUCUGAGAAGACUGCACGAAGUGGAGAUGUUCUAUGCUGCGUUGAUGUAACUUUGAGCCAGACGGAUAUUCGGCAAAGACUGUAUGCCGCUGAGUAGGGAGAACACUAAAAUCUGCUAGGACCUUGUUUUGAAAUGUACAAAUGAAAACAGCAGAACUCAGAGAACUCACUCAGCAAAUUGUUGCCAGAUACGAGGUCCAUGCAGUCUGUAGUUUCUGUCAAUGUGUGUUUUGAUAGAAACCUUAACUAUAUGAAAUGAAUGACAUGUAUGGUGAAACCAUUCUAACAACUGAUACUGUCAUCAUUCUUCCUUUUUCAUGUGUAAAUUCCAUUUGACUGACAGACAGUAAUGUUGCUCUCUGCCGAUACCA